AUCGAAAAAUUAUCUACCGUCAAAGUAAUUUCAAUCAAGAUAAGACUUCUUAAAAUUCACGAUCCAUUUUACCGACAGUGUAAAAAUGUUCAAACUAACCGCGCUUUCUACUUGACGCAUGACGCACCGAUAGUUGCAAUUUGUACAGGUUAAUAUUUUUUUUUUAAUGACUGAACUAUCGGCGUUGUGCUCGCGGACUGCGUCAAAAAUACACAAAUCAGAAUUCAAAUGCUCACGUUGCACAGGUGAACGAACGUAUUAAUGCAGCGUUAUCGCUGUACGCAUUCGUUUUCGUCGUAAAUAUACUUCGAUAUACAAUAUAUGUGAACUUCAGAUUGAUGUACACGUUCCUUUUAAAAUUCAUUCAAAGUACUUCAUUGUUUUUAUCGAAUUGUUUAAAAACUGUAUAAGUGAUUAUAAUCAUAAAGACAAACUUCAACGUCAGUGGUUUUCAUGUUGUAAUGUGCGGGUAAAUGGUUUAGAGUUUUAAAAUACUUAACUCAUGAAAGAAACUUUAAAACCAGAAGAAACUUCAAUAUUUCGUAAACUGCAAUCAAUAACUCUGUCUAUUGAGUAGUUAACAAUAUAAUCUGGUGCUUAUACCUUUUGUUUUCUUUGCAACAUUAUCUGUUGUAAAUUUAUGGUCUCAGUUCAUUGUUAUAUUUUUCAGUUAGUGUAAUUUAUUUUUGUAUUAUUUUCUACCAGUUAAAAAACAUAAACAUGUCAGGUUAUAACAAAAAAGUGUCAUACUUUUAUAAUCCUGAUGUGGGGAACUUUCAUUAUGGGCCAGGACAUCCUAUGAAGCCACAUAGAUUGUCAGUUAUUCAUAGCUUAGUUAUUAAUUAUGGUUUGCACAAAAAGAUGGAGAUCUAUAGGCCAUAUAAAGCCAGUACCCAUGAUAUGUGCAGAUUUCAUUCAGAUGAAUAUGUAGAGUUUUUACAACGUGUUACACCACAAAAUUUACAAGGUUUCACUAAGUAUUUAUCCAGUUUCAAUGUUGGAGAUGAUUGUCCAGUUUUUGAUGGGCUAUUUGAUUUUUGCUCUAUGUAUACUGGAGCUUCCUUAGAAGGUGCAACUAAACUAAACAAUAAAAGCUGUGAUAUUGCUAUUAACUGGAGUGGAGGUUUGCAUCAUGCCAAGAAAUUCGAAGCUUCUGGAUUUUGCUACAUUAACGACAUUGUGAUUGCUAUUCUGGAAUUAUUAAAGUAUCAUGCUCGUGUUCUGUAUAUUGACAUUGAUGUUCAUCAUGGCGAUGGUGUUCAAGAAGCCUUUUACCUAACAGACCGUGUAAUGACAGUAUCUUUUCAUAAGUAUGGAAACUAUUUUUUUCCGGGAACUGGGGACAUGUAUGAAAUAGGAGCUGAAAGUGGACGAUAUUAUUCAGUGAAUGUACCUCUAAAAGAAGGCAUUGAUGAUGCAUCAUAUAUUCAAAUAUUCAAACCUACAAUAACGUCUGUGAUGGAUUAUUUCAGACCUACAGCUAUCGUACUUCAGUGUGGAGCUGAUUCUUUAGCAAACGACAGACUUGGCUGUUUCAGUCUUAGUACUAAAGGACAUGGAGAGUGUGUACGAUUUGUUCGUGAUUUAAAUGUACCUCUGUUAACAGUGGGUGGUGGUGGCUAUACUUUGCGAAAUGUAGCUAGAUGUUGGACUUAUGAAACAUCUUUACUUGUUGAUGAACCAAUUAGUAAUGAUUUACCUAUGACUGAGUACAUUGAGUACUUUGCUCCAGAUUUUUCGUUACAUCCAGAAGUUGUAACACGCCAAGAUAAUGCUAACAGUAAACAAUAUCUUGAUACAAUUGCUAAACAUGUUAGCGAAAAUCUAAAGAUGCUUCAGAGUUCACCUAGUGUACAAAUGCAUGAUGUUCCUUGCGAUCUUUUACCUCCUGAAGAAGAUAGACAGCCUGAACCUGAUCCAGAUUCAAGACAAAAUACUCAAGACUUAGAUAAAAUAAUUGAGCCUGCGAAUGAAUAUUAUAUGGGUGAUAAUGAUCAAGAUAAAAUGGAUUCUAGUGACACUUGAAAAUAAACUCAAAUAACUCAAUCAGACUAUUUGAUAUUUUUAUUGUGCAUUGAAGAGUAAGCAGAUUUAUUAAUGUAACUUUUUUACUCAGUCAUAUAUUUUUUUAAUUAUUAAUUUUAUUUGGAGCCUCUUUCAUAACAAAAAUGUCAAAUUAUAGAAACAUUAUUGUAUGAACUAAAAUUUUGAAUCAACUAAAAUUUGUAAAAUAUUACUUAAUAGAGCUAUUUCUAUGUUUUAAUUUUAUAUUAUGAUAAUUUUAAUACUUAAAUGACUCGAAAAAUUUAAAUGAUAAGAAAUCCAAAUAAAACAGUUAUUAUAAAUUCUAAAUGCAAUAUUAUUUAUAUGAUGCAUCAAGUGCACAUCAUGCCGUAUAAAAUUUGUGAAUGCUAGAAAACAUAUUGUAAUUUUAUAUAGGAAGAGGAGGAGACAUGAGUUGUAAUAAAAAUAUAAACAAAUUUAAA